AUGUUCGAGUACGAGCCCUGCGCUGACCUGUUGCUAUACCCUUUCCUUGACGAGGAAGAAGGUGACAAGGAACCGCUGUUCCCAGGUGAAGGUUCUGGGUCCGGAGGCCUGUCCUUGGCUGAGGCCCUCCUGCCGCUGGUGGAGUCUCCCCCCUCCACCCCUCCUCCCCCGACGCCCUGGAUGUGCUACGCCCGCUACAAGACGGAACUGUGCAGCCGCUACACGGAGCUGGGGUCCUGCAAGUACGCGGAGCGCUGCCAGUUCGCCCACGGCCUGCGGGACCUGCGCGUGCCCUCCCGCCACCCCAAGUACAAGACGGAGCUGUGCCGCGCCUUCCACACAGUGGGCUACUGCGCCUACGGCGCCCGCUGCCUCUUCGUCCAUGCCCCCAAGGAGCAGCGGCCGGCGCGGCCCCCCCGGAACAGGAAUGUGCCCUGCCGCACCUUCCGCUCCUUCGGGGUGUGCCCCUUCGGCGAGCGCUGCCACUUCCUGCACGUGGAGGGCGGCGGCUCCGACAGCGGUGCGGAGGCUGUGGGCGUGGCCGAAGAGGACGGGGGCGAGGCCCGCACGCAGUCCCGUGAGCGCCGGCCCCGUGGCGGCGCCCUCUGCCGCACCUUCAGCGCCUUCGGGUUCUGUCUGUACGGCACCCGCUGCCGGUUCCAGCACUGCCUGCCGAGUGCCUCCGGGCAGGCCAGAGAGGGCGGCCUGGGUGUGCCCCCUGCUCUCCCGCUGCUCUCCGGGACCGGGAGAGCCCUGUCCCCAGCCUCAGACAUGCUCUCGUCUUCCUCUACCUCCUCUUCCUCCUCCCCUCCGUCCUCGCUGCCCUCCCCCGUGUUCCUGGAGGACGCCUCCCCCUUCACCCCACCGCUGCUGUCCGGAGACUCGUCCGAGCAGGACGCCUUCGCCUUCCCCAGCCAGCAGCUGAACGACUUGCUGCUCCCCCUCGCCUGGAGACUGCAGCAGCUGGAGAACAGCCUGGCCAGGCCAGCCAGCUCCCCAGUCGUGGGGGACAAACCGUUGUAG